AUGAAACGUGCUGCGUCUCUGCAGGCAAACACCUGUAAUGAUCUGUGGAUUAUCGCCACGGAUAUAAACCUACAUCUGGGUGCUAUUGAGCAAUCUAGAACAAAUCUCGAGAGAGGGCCUGCUCCCAUAACCAGCAAGCCUGAAAUGAGUCAGAGAUCAUUUACUUCCUUCAUUUGUAAGAGGACCCAUGAUGGCAUGGAGGGCCAGAUCGGCAAGGAAGACCUAACCCAGAAGGUGGAACAUUCUGCCUCGGGCCUGGAUGGGCCAACCUGUGCUGCAAAGGGAGACCCUCAUGUGAAGUGGAGCGACACGGCAGCCACCCACCCCAGAACCUGGGGCAAGAGGAGCAACAACCGGCAAUAG